CUCUCCGAAUUGCACAAUCUGAGCGAGCCCUCCUCCUUUAUGUUAGAGGGUGGCUGUCUGUCUCUGUAGCAGUCUGUCACAUGCUGCAUGUUUGUACAUACCCAGAAUUCCUGGCUAAGUGUAACCCUUGCUUGGCCAUGGCUCACGGCUGCUCUGAUGUGUCUCACACACUCAAACAAUAGCCAGGCCGCUGUCCACCCUGGACUGUCCUGCAGGAUGUUAUGGAAUCCAUUCCAGCUCUCCAGCUUUUUAAUGCAAACCAGCUGAGUGCCCCCUUCCUCCACUUCUCGCCUCGUGGCUUUCUCUGCCAGAUAAUCGGUUAAUGAUCUCCGUGACGUGUAUGUAUGGCCCCAUGUAUCAGCCAUUCCAGAUUAGACAGAACAAGCCCUGAUGUUCCUUGCCAGACUGCAGACACUGAAACCAGUUUGAUAGGUUUAAAUUUGCCAGCUGGUCUGUAAGCUUGGCUGCCUUGCUCCCUGCAGAUCUAGCUGCGGUGUCACACGGCACGUUCCAUAACUGGUCUUUGCACCUUUGCUCACUUGGGCCAAAAGCAGCGAUAAUCCCUUCUGCCGUACUCCAUCAUGCCUGUUCUGGUGUGCUAGGCAUUUCAUCUUUGAUUUGCUGUGUCCCUCCAAUCUGUCUUGACGUUGUUACUGAAAAGCAGACUUAGAUUUAUUGCUAUUAAACAGAUGGCACUGUGCCCACGUGUCCCAUUAUACUAUGAAUUCAGCCGUGGCACAGUUAUGAAGUAAAGUAACAUCGGCAGAAGUUUCUGGACCUAGCCCUCACUGUCCCUGGAUCCCACUCACCUUUCACCAUGCUGCGAAGGAGCCUGUUACUGAGGAAGGGAGCCUUGUCUCCUUUCCAUCCGUCAUUCUUACCGGCAUGUGCCCGAUCCACGUCUGCCACUGACCACAUCGAACUGGCACGAGAGAGAUCCAAAACAGUCACUUCCUUCUACAACCAGUCUAGCAUCGAUAUUGCUGCAGAGAAGGUUUCUGUUCGUCUCACUCCAACCACCAUGCUUUAUUCGGGAAGAUCUCAGGAUGGCAGCCACAUCUUGAAGAGUGCUCGAUAUUUGCAUAAGGAACUUCCUGUCCGCAUCGCUCACCGGAUUAAAGGUUUUCGGAGCCUCCCCUUCAUAAUUGGCUGUAACCCCACGAUCUUACAUGUGCACGAACUCUACAUCCGUGCUUUCCAGAAGCUGAGUGAGUUUCCUUCGAUCACUGACCACGAGACGGAGAGUCAGUACUGCAAGCUGGUGAGACAGUUGCUUGAUGACCACAAAGACGUAGUGACUCAGCUGGCAGAGGGUUUGAGAGAGAGCAGGAAGCAUAUUCAGGAUGAGAAACUGAUUCGCUUAUUCCUGGAUAAAACGCUCACAUCGCGGCUGGGUAUCCGAAUGUUGGCGACACAUCACCUCUCUCUACAUGAGGAUAGGCCAGAUUUUGUGGGCAUUAUCUGCACCCGCCUCUCACCCAAGAAAAUAAUCGAGAAAUGGGUAGACUUUGCCCGACGCCUGUGUGAACAUAAGUAUGGGAAUGCCCCUCGUGUCCGCAUUAACGGCCAUGUUGCAGCUCGUUUUCCGUUCAUUCCCAUGCCGUUAGAUUACAUCCUUCCUGAACUGCUAAAAAACUCCAUGAGAGCCACAAUGGAGAGCCAUAUUGAUACUCCUUACAAUGUUCCUGACAUCUCCAUCACCAUUGCCAACAAUGACAUUGAUCUUAUAAUCCGGAUCUCUGAUCGAGGUGGGGGAAUACCGCAUGAUCACUUGGAGAGAGUUAUGAAUUACCAUUUCACAACAGCUGAGACCAGCACUCAGGACCCCCGCAUCAAUCCCAUCUUUGGGAAUAUGGUGGACAUGGUGAACAGUGGCCAGUCCGGUCCGAUGCAUGGAUUCGGGUUUGGACUCCCCACUUCCCGAGCAUAUGCUGAAUACCUGGGAGGAUCGCUCAGCAUCCAGUCCCUGCAGGGGAUUGGUACUGAUGUCUACCUGCGGCUCAAGCAUAUUGAUGGCAAAGAAGAGAGUUUCCGUGUCUGAGAGAGGCCAAAAGGACUGUUCUAGUAACUCCUUCAAAGCUGGGGACUACAGCAGUGAAGGAGUUAACAGUACCAAUGACGCAAGCCCCAAUGGUUCAUGGGACACUUACCGUGCAAGCCCAACAUUUUACUUCUCAAAUCAUCAGAUUUUUGUUUUGGGGAUUCCAAAGAUCUGCUAUUCUUUGGUUCCUCUUUGAGAACUCAGAAGAUGAUCUUAUCUCCCUUGGAUGUAUUGAGAAUGAGUUAAAACCUUGGUUCCCCAACAAGAAUAAAUAUUUUGCAUGUUAAUCCUCUUCACAUGAUACCAAGGCUCUUGUUCGAAAAGAUUAACCCCUGACAGGCACCAGCAGGGAGGGGGAUAUUUAGCUUAUCAGACUGCCCCUGGGUUUCAGAGUGGCAGUUUGUUGUAAGAAUUCCUGACUGCCUUAAAGGCCGCUGGUUAUUGCCUCUUAGGGAUACCUGCGGCUCAGACCACGACUAGAGACAUGAGAACAAUUAUUACUUACCUUUCCAAAACGCCAAUAUCUGAAUGGAUGACCUUACAUGGUGUGGAAUGAUGGACCGUUCAGAGGAUCAAUGCAAUCUCUGCACUCAAUGGAUUAAUUUAACGAAUUGAUUGAAUUAAACUCCGCUCUUAUUGUGGUC